AUGUUUAGUUCGGCGGACGGUGAAAUUUUGGGCUUAUGGUAUGAGAAACUUCCCAGCGUUCCGGGCCAUCACUUCACUAGCCUGAGUGCUAAUAUCUCAAGCCUGAAAACAUGCUACAUGGGAUCCCGCUGCACAGGCAUGCUGAUCGUACACAACGAUGAUACCAGGAGCGUCCUCGACCAAUGGUACGAGGAUACAAACGCCAAGCCUCACAUAAAAGCCCUCUCCUAUCAGCGCGAUAAUGUGCUGCGGUUCCAUCUGACGCGAGACGGAUAUCAGUUUUUGAGUCGGGUGGAGUCUCUACCUGCGGCAAGUUCUUCUCCCGUAUCGACCGGUGAAAUCUUCGUGGAUGUGGCGUAUGGUGAUGAUAUUAUCUGGCUGUUUUCGCAAUGGCACGAUCGCAUCUGCCGUGGGUCGGAUUUGUAGGGUUUAUGCCACACGAAUUCGGGGGUGUCUGGAGGUCGGAAGUUUACUUCUACUCGCCUACGGCCGGAGGAAUCAUACUACAAAAGGGGCCUGAGCAAAUGUAUUAGAUUUCUACCCAGCCGCACCACUUGCUAAAC